AUGGCGCCGGCAAUUCCCUCAGCCAAGCUGACUCUCUCGUGCCCCCUCUUCGCCGCCGACUUCGAUCCGCGGAAUAGCGACUAUCUCCUCGUGGGCGGUGGUGGAGGCGAAGGUCGCAGCGGUGUUGGAAACAGAAUCGCCCUCUUGAACACGUCCAAGCGAGAUGAGAUCACCGAAUCAACCGAGAUCGAACUAUCGCGCGAUGAGGAUUCUGUCAUGUCGAUGGCUGUUGCGCAAGCAUCCGAGGACUCCAUGAUAUCUCUGGCCGGGAUCAACAGUUCCACGGCUGAGCAGAAGCGCGAUAAUAACCAGCACCUGCGAUCAUUUAAGAUCGACCUUCCGAAAAAGCAAGGAGAGAAGAAGAUGCUGGAGAAAACAACAAUACCAGUCGAUUCGGUAGAGAAAUCAACACUACUAUCGCGUACGUCGCUGUUUAGAACCAAGGGUGCGAAGGCCGGGUCAGAUACGUACCAGCGGAUCGUGAGAAUAUCGCCUUGGAGGGGUGAGAAGUUGUCGCGGGUUGGUGCUAUCACGACCGGAUUGGCGCAAUCCGGGGAGAUUGUUUUCUUUCAGGCUAUUUCGAUGCCAAAGGAGUCGGACGUGAUCGGGAGGAUCCGUCUAAGUGAUGGAGAGGAAGCUGGGGAUAUCGACAUUAUCGACUCGGGGAAGGAGGAUGGGAAGUUCCGGGUUGCGUAUACCAACGGCGUGGAUGUGUUUACCUGUCAGAUCUCGUCGAGUACAAGGAGUAGUACCGCCCCCGAUGUGAGUCGUGUGUAUACCAUUCCCCUACUGGAGAAGGGGAAGAGGCCAAAAUUCCGCGCGCUGCGGUUCCUAUCGCCUACGUCUUUGCUACUUCUGCAGAAUGCACCGGAUCGCAGUGGAAGUGAGCUCGUGGUUCUUAGUCUGCCAGCGUCGAAUGAGAAGAACAAGGCGGUGACGAUCGUGCGAAGGAAGAAGCUACGCAAGACAAUCAAGAUGGGACUGGGCCUCGACGUAUGCAAUCUCGGUACGGGCGCGGAGAAUGACCAGACGCAACAGAUCAUCAUCGCGGUCACGGGCAGCGACCAGUCCAUCGAGCUCCUGACGCUCGAAUACAAUCCCGAGAAAGGCUACGGGAAACUUUGGCCAUACGCCAGUCUCCACGAUGUCCAUCCCUUCUCUGUGACCAGGAUCUGCUUCUCAACAUUCACACCACCUUCACACCCCGUUACCCCAGAAGUCGGUCCACAGUACAUCAAACUCGCCUCCGUCAGCAUGGGCAAUACCGUCGUCGUCCACACGAUCCCCCUCUCCCCAUUCCCCGUGUCGAGUCGGACCCCGCGCUACGUCCUGGCCAUUCCUGGCGAAUCGGAAACAUGGGCCACGCUUCUCAGCGGGUUCACGGCGCUCUUUACUGUCCUUAUCGUCUGUGUCCUUCUUCAGGGAUACAUGGAGAUCAAAGGCGGGGCACCAUCAUAUCUGGGUGUUUCAGAAUGGCUUCCUCCUCAGGUCCAAAGUGUCCUUGGUCACCCUACCCCUUCUCUCUCAGUCGAGCGCAUCGACACCUCUACAUCCUCUAUCCCCACAGCUACGACUACCAUAUCAGUAAUACCAAACACAAACACGGGCAACCAACGACAAUCUCUCCGCGACAUCCUCCGCCCCAGACAAGAGCAAGAAGCAGCAACAGACGCAGUAACUGCUGGUGUCAACAACAACAUUAUCGUGCGCUGCACCACCACCGACGACGGCACCUCGAACGAGAUCCUCAUCGAAACAAUCCCCUCAGAACAACAAAUACAAGACGAGACCCGUCCGUGGGAGGAAUUAGGCGAAGAGCAACAGUCCCUCUGGAAACAGCGGUUGGCGGACGCAGGCCACUGGGCUGUGGAAGAAGGGGAAACGAUCCUGAAGGGAGUGUUAUUUGCGGAGUAUUGUGGGUUUGUUAGGGAGUUGGUGGGAGAGGAAUUGCUUUGA